CCGAUCAUAUAGAAUCAUCUGCGUGUCAGGGGAAGCAAAAUUUCAACCAUGUCCAAAUUCGCCACCAACUCACCAAUUUACGGAAGCCGCGACCAGGCACCAGCAUCACCGGAAGAGUGCAGGGAGCACUAUCUGUUCCUGUUGGAGGUGUUCGUGAGACAGGCGUCGGGCGACCGACUGGCCAAGUUAAAUCAGAUGUUCUGCGUGCCCACGUGCGUCUAUUUCGGAUUUCUCGACUUCCUGGACGAGGCUGAUCUGGCCGUGACCCCGGUGGACCCUCUCUUUCAACCCCAAACUGGCGUCGCCAACGACGUCGAGGUCUUCAACGCGGGAAAAUCGGUGCUGUUCGCCGUCGAUCAUGAAACCGUGACGGAUCGCACCGUCAAGAUGAUCCUGAAGAUCACCGCGAAGAAACAGAUGCCGGACAACAUCAAACCUGACAUCCUGGUGGGUGUCGGCGAGCUGGACCUGUCGGGUCAGUACGCGGCUCUGAGGCUAGAGAUGCUGCAGGACUGGCGGAAGGGCAUCGCCACGUCGAAGGUGUACGACGGCCAGGUGCCGUUGAUUCACAACGACAGCUUGUCGGGCAGCCUGGACAUCUUCGUCAGGAUGUCCGGCUUCGGUCAGACGAUCCUUACCGGGUUCGACGCACCAGUUGGACUGGAUCCCUCGACGUUCGUCUUCGGCUCCGGAGAGCUCGAUCAGGUUUUGUCGUACAGGUGUCGCAAAAUAGAUUCUCGGGUCAUCGACCUCUUCCGGGAUUCCAGCGAGGAACUUCCGGGUUCGACGGCUUGUCCCGUUUGCAUACCGGAAAGGUAUACUUGUGUACCUUGUGGAAAACUGGGGGCUGCCGAAGAAAGAAACAAAGGAGACGAUGGAUUGACAGAGAGGAAGGAUAUGACGUCGAGAAGCCUCGUUCGAUCCAAGUUUUGCGGAAAGCCGGUGGUCCUCAAGGUGUCCGGUCUCUUUGACAAUGGCGAUGACGUCACUGGGAAGAAACCAACUGUGAUAGUUGCUGACGAGUCCGCGGCGACGAGACCAGGCGAAUCCGCCGAUCCUGACCACGAUAUUUUUGUUCUAAGAAUCGGCAAGAAGGGCCUCGUCGGUGUCGGCGAGAAAUCUGACAUACAGCUGGAGAUGAAAACCCCGAAGGGCUUGGAAAGAAGGGCCCCGAUCAGAUACGAGACCAGGGAUAUGCAGACGGAAGGACGCGAAGAAGAGCUGCUGAAGCAGCCGAUCAAAAAGAAGAAGAAGAAGAAAAAGGCAAAGUGAAGCCUCUUCAAGGUCGAACAUUGAGUUCUAAUAAAUUUUGAAUUUAUUUGAAAUUUUUUUUAUUAUUGUCAU